CCGGCCGGAUCUCCCAGGCGGGGUGGGGGUGGGGGCUGCGGCGACUGGAGCCGGUGACCAGGAAAAUUUCAAGAUCCAUGCCUUGCUAAAAGCAGAGAAGAUGUUAUGUUGGGGAUAUUGGUCAUUUGGAUUUCCUGGCUCAGAUAGUACUCUACAGGCGGUCAUCCCUGAACCUCAGACCACUGAAUUUGUUCACAAAAGGAAUGUCAAGGAAGUGGCUUGUGGGAAAAACCACUCUGUGUUCUUGCUGGAAGAUGGGAAAGUAUACACCUGUGGCUUGAACACUAAAGGACAACUCGGUCAUGAGAGACAAGGAGGCAAGCCAGAACAAAUUAAUGCUCUAGCUGACCAGCACAUUGUCCAUGUGGCCUGCGGUGAGUCUCAUAAUGUGGCACUCAGUGACCAAGGCCAGCUUUUUUCCUGGGGCGCAGGAAGUGAUGGCCAGUUGGGCCUUACAAUGACGGAAGAUGCUGUAACAAUUCCAAGGUUAAUAAAAAAGCUGAACCAAGAGAUGAUCCUGCAGGUCUCGUGCGGGAACUGGCAUUGUCUAGCUCUAGCAGCUGAUGGACAGUUCUUCGCAUGGGGACAGAACAACUACGGACAGCUUGGGCUCGGCAAAGAAUUCCCCUCGCAGGACACUCCACAGCGUGUCAGAUCGCUUGAUGGGGUCCCUCUGUCUCAGGUGGCUGCAGGUGGAGCGCACAGCUUUGCUUUGUCCCUCUCAGGAGCUGUGUUUGGCUGGGGGAAAAACACUUCCGGACAGCUGGGUUUGAGUGACGAGAAAGAUCGGGAAUCUCCUUGCCAUGUGAAACUUUUAAGGACUCAAAAAGUUGUCUAUAUCAGCUGUGGAAAUGACCAUACUGCUGUUCUGACAAAGAGUGGAGGAGUGUUUACGUUUGGUGCAGGAUCAUGUGGGCAACUUGGUCAUGAUUCAUUGAACGAUGAAGUCAACCCUAGAAGAGUUUUGGAGCUGAUGGGCAGUGAAGUGUCUCAGAUCGCUUGUGGUAGACAGCACACUCUAGCCUUCGUGCCUUCUUCAGGAAUGAUCUAUGCAUUUGGCUGUGGAACUAAAGGCCAGCUGGGAACUGGGCACAUCUGCAGUUUUAAAUGUCCUUCCCCAGUCAAAGGCCACUGGGCAGCUUAUGAUGAGCAGAUCUCUGGUAGAGCAGAUGCCUGUGCGUAUUAUAUUGUGAAACAUAUAUUCUCUGGAGGAGACCAAUCAUUUGUAAUUUGCUCAGAAAAAGAGAAUUCUCUACCAGCUGAUGAUUUCCGGACCAUAAAUCACAGUAACCACACCUGUUUGAUUAAUGACAACACAAUCGACAUGUGGAGGCAAAAGCUUUCUGAAAGAAAUAACUCUAAUUCAGUGAAGGUGGCCAUUAGUGGAGCAAAUCUACAGAAUGUCUUUAUGUUUCUCACCCUGGAACCCCUUCUGGCUCGAAGCCCAUUCCUGGUCCUUCACGUUCGCAGGAGCAACUUGGUUGGCGAUGCUCUCAGAGAACUGAGCAUCCAUUCAGAUGUUGACUUGAAAAAGCCUUUGAAGGUGAUCUUUGACGGUGAGGAAGCUGUAGAUGCUGGUGGCGUCACAAAGGAAUUCUUUCUCCUGCUACUGAAAGAGCUCUUGAAUCCCAUCUAUGGAAUGUUCACCUGCUAUUCAGACUCAAAUCUGCUCUGGUUCUCGGAUACUUGUUUUGUUGAGCACAACUGGUUUCACCUAAUUGGCAUCAUCUGUGGUCUGGCUAUCUACAACUUCACCGUGGUGGACCUCCACUUUCCACUGGCUUUAUAUAAGAAACUCCUGAAUGUGACACCCGGCCUGGAUGACUUGAAGGAGCUCUCUCCCCUGGAAGGAAGGAGCCUCCAAGAGCUUCUAGAUUAUCCCGGGGAAGACAUUGAAGAAACAUUCUGCCUCUCCUUUACAAUAUGCAAAGAAAGUUAUGGAGUAGUGGAACAGAAAAAUCUUGUUCCUGAUGGAGACAAAAUACCUGUGCAGAACAAUAAUAGAGAGGAAUUUGUGGAUGCCUACGUGAAUUACGUCUUCAACGUUUCAGUGCACGAGUGGUAUACGGCUUUCUCCAGUGGCUUCUUGAAGGUGUGUGGUGGGAAGGUGCUUGAACUCUUCCAGCCUACUGAGCUGAGGGCUAUGAUCAUGGGAAGUAGCAAAUACAACUGGAAGGAUCUGGAAGAGAGUACAAGUUACAAGGGAGAUUAUUCAGCCACACACCCAACUAUACAAAUGUUCUGGGAAACGUUUCAUGAAUUCCCUUUAGAAAAGAAGAAGAGAUUUCUUUUGUUCCUGACUGGCAGCGACCGCAUCCCCAUCUACGGCAUGUCCAGUUUGCGUAUGAUCAUUCAGUCCACCUCCAGUGACGAGCGGUACCUGCCGGUGGCCCACACCUGCUACAACCUCCUGGACCUGCCCAAGUACAGCAGUAAAGAAACCCUGAGCACGCGACUGACUCAAGCCAUCGACCAUUACGAGGGCUUCAGCUUGGCCUGAGCACUGGCCACUCCCCCUCCAACAGAGACCAUUUGAAACUGAAAGAAAACUCUUUUGUCUUGUUCUUCCUUUUGUAGGGAAAUGGGACACGCUGCUCAGGGAAGCCAGGGGGAAGGAAGUGGGGGGGGGGGGUGGGGGGGAAGGGAGGAAAAAGGUCUAUCCAUGUUUCUUGGGGUUUUGACGUUCACAGUUUUGACCUAUCUCUUUAAUAAGGAGUGUCAAACUCUAUUUCAUUGAGGGCCGCAUCAGGAUUGUGUUUGGUCUCACGGGGCCAGGGUGAGCAUGGCCAGUUUGACGUCAUUCAUGUUGGGGCCGCCUGUGGCGGCCCGAGGGGUCUGCCAGCAAAAAUGAGCUUCCAAACUCCGUUUCGGCUGCGACGGCCUCCUGCAACUCUCUGCCAGCGAAAACGGAGCUCGGGAGGACCACACGCUCCAUUUUCACUGGCAAAGGCACUGCAGGCAGGUCCUUUGCUGUUUCCAAUGUGGCCCCAGGGACCAGAUCUAAGCACUCCUUGGGUCGGAUCCGGUCCCCGGGCCUUAAGUUUGACAUCCCUGUCUUAAAUCUUGUGUUUAUUGGAUAACUUCUUUCAGUUUAAAAUGGCCUUUUCUCUCUCUGCUUCUCUGAAGGCUGGGAAAUUACCUUUGUAUUCCUGAGGUGUAUCCCUUCUUUUCCAAAACGUAGAUUCUGCCCUACUGUGAAUUUCUGUUUCAUCUCUGCAACUGUGAAUUCCUUUCCGUUUCCUUCUCCGUCACCUCAGAACUUCCUUCUUCGCUCACAGACCAGUUUUUCUUAGCUCCGGGGAUAAUGUCUUCAUCCUUAAAGAUGGGAAGAGUGGUGACAGGAAACGAGUUUCUCUCCUUUGCAGAAUUUCUCCUUUUCCUACAGUCUGCAGGAAAUGAUCAGUGAAGUAAAUCUUCUUGGCUUUCUGUUGGACCGCAGAGCUUCCUCUUGGAGAGCUGCAGGGCAGCAGAGAUUAUGCAAAAUUGGACUCCAGGAGCUGAAUACUUUACCUUUGGGUUAAUUGUUCCAAGGAGAAUUUGUGUUUCAGUGCAGUGUUUUUUUAUUUGCCACUAGGAAUGGGAAUUUCACAGCAUAGUCCAGGGGUGUCAAACUCAAUGUCAUUGAGGGCUGCAUCGGGGUUGUGUUUGAUCUUGGGAGGGCCGGGGUGGGUGUAGCCAGUUCAGUGUCACCACAGGGAGCACCUGUGGUGGCCAAGUGCUAAAGCAGGACUUCCCUCACUCUCGUCAUAACUUCCUUCCUUCCUUCCUUCCUUCCUUUCUUCCUUCCUUCCUUCCCUCCCUCCCUC